AUGACUGUCCAAGCACUCGAAGCCGAAGAUGCGGACAUGGACCGCAUCUUCGAGAUCGCUUCGCUAGCAUUUGACCACAACGAACCACUCUGGGACGUCUUCUGGCCACAGCACUGGGAAGCAGAAGGUCGAAAGAAAGGCGCAGAGCGCAUGCGCGAAACUCGAAAUACUGACGCCCACACGAAGUACAUCAAAGCUGUCGACACAGAGACUGGCGUGAUCAUGGGCAUGUCGAAAUGGAGCAUUUAUGCCAACAAUACCUUACCGGACAUGGGAGAGAUCAAGUACAUCAAAAACUUCUGGAAAGACGAUGAGGAGCUGGCUUUCGCUACGGCUAUGACUGGGCUUUUCGUAGAGGAGAGGAACGCCGCUAUCAAGGCCAGUGGCGGAAACCUGGUCUCGCUUGAUAUCCUUGCUAUCGAUCCCAAGUAUCAACGACGUGGUGUUGGAGGAAAGCUUGUCGAAUGGGGAACCGACAAGGCAGACGAAUUGGGCGUGGAGGCUGUGGUCGAGAGCAGUGUUUUCGGCAAAGGCUUGUAUGAGAAGCAUGGCUAUUUGUUCAAAAACGACUGUGUAGUCAGCGUUCCUGGGCCCCGUGAGCAUAUCAAAGGAGAGUUUGCAUGGUUGGUCAGACCAAAGACGCAAUGA